GGCACCUAGCACUCAUAAAAGACCAAAUUCUCUCGGUCUUUGCAUUAUCUUUUACUCACGCAUCUAUCUAUCACCAUACCUGCGUUUAUUUUGCGAUGGACUACUAUUUUGGAAACCCUAAUUACGGUCACUCUAUGACUCCUUCCUCCUCUGAGUUCAUGUUAUCUGAUUAUCUCAUGCUCGAUGAUGUCGUUGAUCAUCAAGAGUCUUGGUCACAAAGUACAGAAACAGAAUCAUCGGAGAAACCAGCCUCCAGCAAUGCAAGUAAUGGGCUUGGUGAUGCAACCUCUACUAAUAACAAUAACAUAAAAUGCAAAAAUGGGAUAAAGCUAAACAGGGUAGAAGUGAGCUCAAGGAUCACGUUUAGAACCAGAUCGCAGCUUGAAAUUAUGGAUGAUGGAUACAAAUGGAGGAAGUACGGAAAGAAGUCAGUGAAGAAUAGUCCGAACCCAAGGAACUACUAUAAGUGUUCGUGUGAAGGGUGUAAUGUGAAGAAAAGGGUGGAAAGGGAUAGGGAUGACUCGAGCUAUGUGUUAACAACUUAUGAAGGUGUCCACAAUCAUGAGAGUCCUUGUAAUGUCUACUACAACCAAAUGUCCUUGGUUCAUUCUUAUGAUUGGGCGCGGCAAGAUUCUGCAAACCUAUCUGCUAAUUCCUAGAUAUAUUUACAACUUUUACAACUUCAACUAUGUUUUCCUUGGAGUACACUUUUGGAGAGUGUACUCCCGAAAAAAUAUAGUUGAGAUUAUAAGAGUUGUAAACAAAAAAAAGUUGUAAACGUAACCUGCCCCUAUAUUAUAUACUUGUCUUCAUAUGUAUAGUGAAUUAGUGAUUAUAUAUAUAUAUAUAUAUAUAUAUAUAUGCAAGACACCCCAAUACCGAGUGACCAACUAUAAGUACCACCCCAGCAUUUGCAUCUCUCUAGCUCCUCUUAAGAAAAUGCUGGGAAGGUCUUAAGUUAGUAAGCUAUUUGCUAUCAUCGCAUUAAUCUAAUUAAUCAUAAUUAUAUAUGCCUCUAACUGUUAACUGUAUGAUGAUUGCCAAUCAAAUCAGUUGCUUCUGUACUCUAAAACUUCAAUUGGCUUCAAUUAUAA